UUUAUAGUGGGACGGAGAGAGUAGUAACUGCUACCUGCCUACAACGGAGCUGCGUUCAUGUUCGGAUCGGAACUUGUGUGAUUCAUACGCAAUCAGCCAUGUCUCCGCCGUCGGCUUCGUCGUCGUGGGCGUUGGUCCCCGAACAUCUUUUCACCGAGUUCUUGUCAUUACUUCCUGUGAAAUCUCUUCUUCGAUUCAAAUGUGUAAGUAAUUCCUGGAACACUCUCAUUUCCGAUCCAAAUUUUGUGAAAUUACAUCUCAAGAAAUCAAAAUCACAUAAUCCACAAUUCACUCUAAUCACUCAUCACGUCCAAAAUUUCAAGGGAGAAUCAGAAUACGGAAGUGACGAUGAAUAUGAGGUUGAUUACAGUAUCAUUCCAUACUCUAUACAUUCUUUUCUCGAUAAUCCUUCGUUUACCCUUUUCGCUGAUCAUCACUAUCUUUUGAACGAAAAAGAUUGCUCUGGUGUAGCUGGUUCCUGUAAUGGGUUGAUCUGUUUGUCUGGUUUUGGUUUCUCGGCCACGCAUACAUUUGAUCAUCAAACGUACGAGUACUGGCUCCGUCUAUGGAACCCAGCCACUAGGGCAAUUUCUGAAAAAUUUGGGUGUUUUGUUGAUUCUGGUGGGUUCGGUUUAAAUUUUGGUUGUGAUAACUCCACCGGUACUUUUAAAGUGGUUGCCUCACGUUACAUUCCUGAUAAAUUGACAAGCGAUGUGAGAGUUUUUAGUUUUGAUGAAAAUGUUUGGAGAAAUAUUCAAAGUUUCCCAGUUGUUCCUUUUAAUUUGAUGGGUCAUGCAUCACUUGAGCAUGAUGCUGUGUUUUUUAAUGGCACUCUUAACUGGUUGGCUGUUCGCAAUGACAUCCCAUACACUUGGUAUCAUCUUCCUCCUGACAAUUUCACCGUCGAGCAGUUUGUUAUUGUUUCACUUAAUUUGGGGACUGAGAUAUACAAUAUGUAUACUUUGCCUCAGGGUUUUGAUGAGGUGCCCCCUGUAGCGCCAACUGUUCGUGUGUUGGGUGACUGCUUUUGUUUUUCUUAUUCUUAUAAGGAAACCGAUUUUAUUAUAUGGCAGAUGAAGAAAUUUGGGAUUCAAGAGUCUUGGACUCAAUUUCUUAAAAUUAGUUAUCACGAUCUUCAGUUAAACCAUGACUUUAGUAGCCGUACACUGAAGUAUCAUCUUUAUUUCUUGCCAUUAUUUCUUUCUAAGGAUGGUGAUACUCUAAUAUUGUAUAGUAGUCAAGAAUUGGAAGUAAUUCUCUAUAAUUGGAGAGAUCAUAGAGUGGAGCGAACACAAGUUAACGUGCACAAAACUAUUAUUGAUGAAGGAACCUGCACCAAUUCAUGUUGGCAUUUUGCCAACGGUUUUGUUGAAAGCUUAACUUCAAUUUGUUAAAAUUUGCAGGUGGAAGAAAUUGUCCAAAAUCACUUCAGAUGCUUAAUUCAUGGAGGAGGAAAACAAUCAGAUGUUGAAGGUAUUACACAAGAUAGAAGGUGAAAGGAAAAUCCAAAAGCAAGAUCAAUUGUUCUAUGUUUGAUUGCAUUUAUGCAUAAAGGACUAAUCUGCCGUGGGUUGGUGAUAUUAUAUUUUGUUAAUCGAUUGAGAAAGUAUUUAUGAGAAAGUAUUUAUGUGGGUUGGUGAUAUAAUCUCAGAAAAUAACUGACAUAACAAGUAUGGCAUAUGAUAUGGUUGGAUAUCAUAUGAGAAAGUAUUUAAUAAUUUUGAUUGACCAUCUGGAGAUUUAUCGAUGGUUUGAUACCUUCUUCAUUUCCUGUUAAUCAACAAAAAAAAUAUCAGUUGGUUUUUUUUGUCUUAACUUUCAGGUUCUUAAGAGAAAGGAAAUGUGGUAAUCCAAACAGUCAACUUUGAUAUUCUAAA